CUUCAUUCUUCUCCGUUCGAGAAGGACAAUUGGGAUGGGGGCUCUCAGGGAUAAAUUCAUGUACAAACUGGGGUAGCUUCCAUCCUCACUGGUACGACCAGCCCACCAGUCCACCAGCCCACCUGUUCAACCCAUCCUCGCGUACAACCCUCUCCCACGGUAACCCUGAAACACAAAGCUGGACUCGUGGAACCGUGGAAAGUGCCUGAGAUAGUCAAAAUGAAGUACAGCGGCCUGUGGUUCAUCCCUAGUCCUAUCAACGCGGCCGACGCGUCGACGAAGAACUUCACCGCACUCAUCAACAACAUUGAAGCGCAAUUCGACUUCGCAACGCGCCAAUCCCCCUGGGCUUUAAGUCACCGCCUCCUGCGCUCCAUCCCCCCUCCCUCACAACCACCCUCAUAUCAGCACAUCCUCCAGCUCUCUCACCUCAGCCAGGGAAAGGCAUACUGCUACAUCCAACCCUUCAUCCCUCCUACACAAACCCCACAGCACACACAGAUCAAAUCCGAGCCGAACUCUCAAUCUCAAGCGUCAACCCCGGCGCCGACACAGCAAUUCUCGCAGUCUUCUACGCUCUCGCUCUCGCUCACCCCCGCAGCCUCGGGGUCCAUUAUCGCAAUCCCCUCCUCGCAAUCCGAUUCCCACAUUAGCUUCUUGUGCAACCAGUUCUCUCCGCUAUGGGGCUUCCGGCAAGCGCUGCAAAUCCCAAACGGCAUGACCUACACUGCCGGCCAAUUCAUCAUUCACGUCGGCGAGAUCCGCGCCUCGCGCGCCGGCGCUGCGUCUGCGUCUAGCACGACAUCUCCUGGCGUUGUCGUCUGCGUGACGGCUGUGUACGAAGAUGAGCUCAAAGAUAUCCAAAACAAAGACUAUCACAACCAAGAUCCCGACGACUUAGGCUUUACGUUCCUAGACGGCGGGAGCCAGGAUACGACAACCGAGGAAGUGGAUUGGACAGACUUCGAAUGCAAGGUUCGCGCGGCGUGGGAUGUGGUUAAGUUGGGGUUGGAUUUUGGGAAAGUUGAGGUUAGAGAGGUUAUGAUGGCGAAGGAGCGGCCGAAUGCCGAGGGCGAGAUAGAGGCGACUGUGAGGAUGUGGUGUGAGGUCCUGAGGCUGAGGGGUUGAGCGGAUUGGAGGGUGCAAUCACGGGAGACAGCUGGUGGAGAUAACAAAGGCCGGAAGAUAGGAGCAUGGUCCGCAUACAGGCGCCGGCAUGCAUGGGUAGAUACCCAGGCCCGAAGGUUGACUCCAG